AUGUCUAUGUUCAUCAAAUUUUUUUCUUCUCUUAAGGAUUCAAGAAGCAUAGUCAGAAGCCUGCUUAAUCACCCGAAUCACAUCAAUGCGCGAGAGUCUAAAUUUACGAAAGAUGAUGUAGAAGCACUAAGAGUGAAAUUUCAACCAGUAUCCGAAGACCACGUUAUUCCUAAUGAGAAAGUAGAAGAAUUUCUAGAAAAGUACAAAUGUCCCCAAAUAAAUAGGGAUAUGCUUAAUAAAGAAGAAUUCAAAGUUCGAGAAAUAACCGAAUCCAAAACUGAUGACAUGGUUGCUGAUUUACUUCGUAUUGCUCAAUUGAAUAAUUAUCCCUUGUAUAUAGAACAACAUCCAUCAAAUAAACUACAUAUCUUAGAAACCUUACGAAAUGUUGACCCUGCAAAUGAUUUUGGAGAAAUGCAAAUUGAUGGUGAAAUACUUGCCUGCAGAAGUGAAAAUACACGUAGGGCUGAGAUUCCUGCGGGAUAUUGGGAUGAGCUUGCUAAAGGUUUACCAAUAAAAAUUCAAUUGAAAUCAAAGAUGACCAGGAGAAAAUGA